AACGAAAAUUCACUCCUCUCGAAGACUAUGAGAAUUUUUAGCACCAAUUAUCGUCUUCUUAUCACGGGAACCCCCCUUCAGAAUAAUCUCCAUGAACUGUGGGCCCUUCUCAAUUUUCUUCUGCCUGAGAUCUUUAGUUCAGCAGAGACUUUUGAUGAAUGGUUUCAAAUAUCUGGCGAGAAUGACCAGCAGGAAGUUGUUCAACAACUCCACAAGGUCCUUCGACCAUUUCUUCUACGGAGACUAAAGUCAGAUGUCGAGAAAGGUUUGCCACCAAAGAAGGAGACGAUACUUAAAGUUGGAAUGUCUCAGAUGCAAAAGCAAUACUACAAGGCUUUACUGCAGAAAGAUAGUAAAACUUCAUAA